CUAGCAAAUGUGUUGACAGCGUCGUCAGAGAGGAAAGAUGGCGGCGCUCAGUGCAGCGGAGCAAACAGUGGACACAGAGCACUUUUCAGAGUCAAUGCACUCACUCAGCUCAGAUGCCGAGGCUUUCCCCGCGGACUCAGCAGAACAACACGACUUUGUAGUGGAUUUCAUAGAGAAAGAGGUUGGCAGCGACCUGAAAUCCCUGAAAAAUGUCAGCAACCUGCUGAAAAAACUGACAGACGAGAACAACGUCCUGGAAGAACAGGUUCUGACUGUAUCCAGCUCUGUACCUCCUAAAGUUUCUGCAGCUCUCUCAGCAGCUGAGGAGGCCAGAUGUUCCCUGGAGGAGCUGCUGAAGAAAGAGCGACUCAUCUCCAACAUGCUGCACCAGCAUCUCCAGGGGGCGCAGCCUUGGAUGGAUAAUCUUGGCCAGAUCCUUAACCAAGUGGACCACAUAGAGCGACACAUGGAAUACUUACGCUGCCUUCAACAUAUCGAGGAACUGAGUGCUGCAGUCCAGCAGUGUCUGAUGACCAGCAGUGUGUGGGAGGCCAUCAGAGCAGUAGACAGCAUGGCUGCACUGGACACAGGACUCAGCCAGUCUGCUUGUUCUCAUCUCCAGGACUUCCUCCGGGAAACGCUUCACUUCUGGCACAAGAUUAUCAAAGACCGACUGACCAUUGACUUUGAGAAAGUAUUGACUCAACUCCAUUGGCCAAUCAUCUCUCCACCCACACAGUCGCUUACACCCACGGCCAGCUCUCCUGAGAUCAGCAGCCAACUGGAACUGCUCGUCACACAGCUGCUCGCCCUGCAGACCUCUGAUGACCUUUUAUCUCAGAAGGAUUUGGCCUCUGGAAAGGGUGGACCCUCUGCUCAGACUGUGUCUUUGGCCACGCCUACAUCCCUAGCUCCUCCCCUCUGCCUUCCCAUCCAGAUCAUGCUGCUGCCACUCAGCAAGAGGUUCAGAUAUCACUUCUUUGGCAAUCGACAGACCAACACACCCAACAAGCCAGAGUGGUACCUCACACAGGCUUUGAUGUGGAUGGGGAACAGCACCACCUUCAUGGAGGAGAAGAUUCAGCCAAUUCUGGACCGAGCUGGGGCUGACAUUAGUGCCAGGGUGGAGCUUUGUCGAGGCCUGCUGUCUCUCGUGCAGGAGAAAGUGGCCAGCGAUGCUUCCAGGCUGUUGUACGACGACGCGCUCUUCUCUCACCUGGUAGAGGAGGUGCUGCAGUUUGAGAAGGAGCUGCGAAGCAACCACUCAUACCCAGCGGCACUGCCCGGUCUGCUGCACCUCCUGCUCGAGGACGCUGUCCUGCAGAAGUGGCUCACUGUAGAAAGAAAAAUGGCAGUGGAGAAGAUGGAUGCCAUGCUGUCAGCUGAGGGAGCGUGGAGCUCUCAGUACAAAGACAUCAGUGAUAUGGACGAGCUGAAGGCUCCAGACUGUGCCGAGACCUUCAUGACUCUGCUACAGGUCAUCACUGAGCGAUACCGGGCUUUGCCCUGUCCCUCUGCCCAGCUGAAGUUUCUGGGGCUACAGAGAGAACUGGUGGAUGAUUUCCGCAUUCGACUCACUCAGGUGAUGAAAGAGGAGUCUCGCUGUCCACUUGGUGCACGUUACUGUGCCAUUCUCAAUGCUGUCAACUACAUCUCCACCAUCUUGUCAGACUGGGGAGAUAAUGUGUUUUUCCUGCAGCUACAGCAGGCAGCUGUGUCUCUCGGAGACGACGUGGUGUUGCGAGACCUUGGGGUGUUGGAGUUGGGCCGCCUGGCCUCUCUGGAGGGCUCUCUGUUUGAAGGUCUGUUGGCAUUGCUGGAUCGCCUGAAGGGAGACAUGUUGGGGAGACUGUUGGAAUGGACCAUGAGGGAAGUCAUAGAAAAGGCCAGGCCAUAUGGCCAAGACAGGUGGUUGUCCCUACCAUCCCAGCAUGACCUGUCCACCAUGACACUAUCCAGUUCAGCUUGUCCCAUGAUGCUGUGUGUGAGGGACAGGCUGCUGCACCUUCAUCAGAGUCUGAGUCUUUCUCUGUUCCAACUAGCCUGGCAGGGCCUGGCAGACAGACUGAACAAAUUUCUGUACCAGGAUGUGAUCCUGUCCAAUCAUUUCAGUGAUGGUGGAGCAGCUCAGCUUCAGUUCGACAUGACCAGAAAUUUGUUUCCUCUGUUUGGACACUACUGCAAAAGACCUGAGAACUUCUUUAAGCAUGUUAAGGAAGCGUGUAUCAUCUUGUGUUUGAACGUUGGUUCUGCUCUCCUGCUAAAGAACCUGCUGAAAGAGUCAGAGAAUGAGACACGAGACUGUACAGGUGUGGACGAUCCCUCACCCGAGUCUGCGCUCAAUGAGUUGGGGGUUUACUGCUUGGCAUCGUGCGACGUGUUGAUCCUCCUCAGCCUCAGGGCAUCCUGGCCUGGACAGUGACACUCCCUCCAUUGUCGGUGUGUGUGUAUCGCACAGAAAUGUUUUUUCUGAGUUCCGUUAAACCAGGGGUGUCAAACUCAAAUGGUCUGGGGGCCAAUGAGCAUCUCGUCUGGUCAUGAGGGAGCUGGUCUAGUGAAUUUUGUGGGUUUGUGUAAUAAAUCAAUUCGACCUGCAA